AUGGCUGUGAAAAACACUGACUUGAAACGCGAGAGUAUAGAACUUCUCAUGGACACUUCCUCUAAAAUUACAGAGACAAACAACAACAAUACGUCUUUUUCAAGUAACGAAGCCCUUAUUCCAAAAUUAAAGACAUCGACACCAUCUAUUGGUCAACUACCGAAAAAUGUGGUCGCUAUUUUUGUGGUACGCUUUGAUACUAAGCAUGGAAACACCAUUGAAUGGCAGCAUCCUAAAGAUUUUGACCUUAAUGGCGUGGAAUUUUCUGCAAUGCCAAGCGGAUUACAUUUAAUGAAAAAAGAUAUCAUAUAUUUUGUAAGACCUCCAUAUAUCGGUCUGAGCGUCUACGAAAACGUCCCCACCUUUGAUCAAUCCCAAGACCGUGGUGCCCACAUGGCAGCCGUAGGAAUACUAGUUACGAAAACAUCUGAAACAGAAAUAUACGGUCAACCAUGGAGACACGUGGAAUUUUUACAGAGUCAGGUCAGACAACAUGUAAACGUUUCAAGUGACUAUUCUGUAUUAGAAGGAUUCUUUAGUGAACAUGGCUGUUUGAAAAAUAAUCAUGGUAAUGAUAAUAUUAUUAGCAGAUCAUUACUAUCAUCUUCAUCACCACGUCAUUCAUUGAAAAAUACAUAUUUUUCAGCGUCGAUGAUGACUGCCAUUGGCAGUAACGGAAUAAUCAAUGAUGAAAUCUCUUAUCUGAAUCAUCAGGAAUUGUCAAAUUCGCCUUCACAUCCUGCUCACCAUUUCUCGAGUUUUAUACAAUACUUUGGCCCUUCAAUCUUUGUUCUUUGGAAAGCGGCCAUACUAAAUAAACGUAUACUGUAUUAUUCAGCACCACCUGUUGAGACUGGAUGUCAUUUUGUAUAUGGUACUUGCCAAUUAGUAAACUUUUCUGACAACAUCAAGCAAAUAAUACAUGGCGGAGACGGAGCAGAAAAAAAUCAACUGCAACCGUUGUUUAAUAUCGGCGUACAUGAAAUCGACAUGAUAAAAUCAAUGAAAAAUGGGGUUGUGGCAUGUACAACAGAUCGAAUAUUCCAAAGCAAACAAAACUUGUACGACUUACUAAUUAACUUCUCGUCAGAGACCGCAGAAGCAUCAUUAUCAAACACCACCUCUUUCUCAUCAGCCGCCACCACAUCAAAAUCUUCUCCAUCAUUUGUUCCCUCACCUGAUCCUUCAUCUUUAAUGCAAAAAUUAAUCACUUUAAAUUCGGCCGAUUUUCAACGUUACCGUGAUUUGUCAAAGUUGCUUGGGCCACAUGGUGACAACAAUAGAGAAGAAGAAUGGAGGCAGUAUAGUCUGAUAGAGCAUUGGCAGAGAAUAUUAAAUAACUGGCUUGGAGGAUACGGAGGCGGAAAUACUAGCAAUAUAGGAUACCUAAGAUUGAAUAAUAUCGAUGACGAAGAUGGAGAUGAAGCAAGAGUGUCUCGAGACAUAGCUGAAGACGGAACAUUCAAUAGUCUAACGACGAUCGUUCCGCCAAAAGAUGCACAUGACAUUGAAAUUGAACUGACAAACUAUUUCAACACGUUGACAUCGAAUCUUCUCAGUGAACUAAAUUCUAUGAUCACCACGCUGAGCGUUUUCGAAUCCGACGAUGAUCAUCUUAUUUCCAUAUACCCCGAACACAUGAGCACAUUGGGAUUAGACGCACGAGCGGAUUGUCUAUUCAUUAAAGAACUUUGCAGAAUUUAUUUUGGAAAAGAAGUUCAGGUGGUUGGAACUGGAAGUGGUCGUGUCAUCGUUGGGAAUGAGGGCAUGGUCGAAACUAAUGUACUCUAUACUCUAUAUGAUACUUUGUGUAUGUUUGUGGAGAUG